AUGUCCAGUAGCGUUCCCGCCGGAAGACCGUCCGCGCAAGCCUCGACGGUAAAUGGACAGAGUCUCCGCCAUGACUCUACUUCCUCUUCAACCUCAACAAGUCCCUCGUCGAGCUCGAAACCGAUCUCAAUCUCACGGGGGACGAAGGGGACGCAGAAGAACCAUGGCAGAAGCCCGUUAUACAAUACUACACGGGUAGCCGACUGGGGUGGGAAGACACCUCCCUUGUCCGAGAGAGACAGCAUUUUUGCCGACCACUAUGUAUCUCCCCCAAGCGAUCCUUCCUCUCCAGCAGAGACAAUAACCCACCAGUCGUCAUAUCCCAAGUCAUCGCGGAAGGCACCGGGCACAAUGUCGACCAUGGUAGCUCGAACUCUUUCUCCACCAGAGUCCUUUCCAGUCACUCGCCCUCAAUCCCCCGGAAAUUUCGAAUGGUUGAAAAGGUCGGACUCUUCUGAGAACACUUCUCGCCCUUCUACAGGUACAAUACAUGGUAUUAGAAGGAUCGCGUCAGAGGGACAUCCGUGGGUCAAGAAAUUCCAUGUCACGGUUCAACCUAUGGAGGAACAGGAUGUCGGCGCUGAACAAGGAAUCGGUCACAAAUAUGAGCAGCGUCCCAACACAGCCCCGGACGUCCCAGAUACGUCUGAACAUGAUGAGACUGGCCACGGCCCCUCCGAAAGGGGUGGAUCCAUGCGGGCGGCAUUCAAACAAGGCCCUCGUACGGAACGAAGUGUUAGCCGGGGUCGGCAACAUGUUGACAAGAGUAUUGAAGCAACUGUUAAGAAUCCAGAGACAAGUGGAACAGCUCGAAGCAGGAAGGCCAGCCAUAUGAUGGGCAUAUUCGAUCCUCGCUCCGAGUCUCAAACCCUGUCUGUUGUCGGCGAGCUGAGUCGGCAACUCGCAGCGAGCAGAGUGCCGUCCAAGCCUUCUUCUCGGCCCACCACUCCUGGCGACCAAGAUAUCAUUACCCUUCGGACUGGUCGAAGAGGUUCCAAAGAAUCCUUUGAUGUCGUUCCUGCUAUUCCAUCACUCCCAGAUGAGGACGUACAAGAAGGACUUCCCGAGACUGAAGGUGACACUCCGUUUGUGUUGCACCAUGACCCAUAUUUUCGCCAACAGGACCUGACCCAACAUCCACAUAUGCCUGCAAACUUGCUGGAAGAGAUAAAAGGAGCUCAUAAGAGGAAGACCACGUCGGACAAAGGAGAGGGCGCCCAGCGGCAAAAUGCUCACAUAAAUGGAUAUUCCGACGAACCCAACAAAGGCCGGCGGGAAGAUGAGGAAGAGCAUAUUUCUGCUGCUGUCUACUAUCCUCAUCCAGGCCCGUCACCGGAAGAGAUCGAACGCUUCACAUCUCCAGGCGAGCUCACCGCCAGAAUUCAAGCUCGCAUCCCUGCCAUCGACACUGCUUCUGCCCCUGAGGCAGCCGUUGACACGGCGGUGGGUACUGAACACAUUGACAUUUCAGUAGUAUCCAAGAACGAGAAAAAGAUCUUCCACGGAAAUUACCGGCCUGUCGAUGAAGAGAGGGCGAAUCCGCCCACUCCAGCUCUUUCGCCAGUUGAGGAAAUCCCAGCCAGCGCCGUGGUCAGCGCUUCAGAAUCAGAAUUUGAAUCUGGAGAUGAAUAUGGUUUGACAAGUCAGACGGACGAUAUGUCGACGACUCCAACACAAAGAAGCACACUCAUCAGGAAGCCCAGCGAAACGCGCGCAUCGCACACCAGAGCAAAGGUCGUGCUCGAGCCAUACAGACACCAGGUCGGCGGCCACUCAACGAUUUUUCGGUUUUCACGACGAGCAGUCUGUAAACAGCUGAACAACCGGGAGAAUGAGUUUUAUGAACGAAUCGAGCAGAGACACCCUGACAUGCUCAAAUUUCUUCCCAGAUAUAUUGGAGUACUGAACGUCACUUUCUCCAAGGGGUCAAAACAGUCGCAGAACUCCGAGUCGCUAGCUAACGAUGAGGUUGGGGCCAAGGAUUCAAAUCGAUCGGAAUCGCAGCAACCUGAGGCUCAGCAAACGACCGGAUCUGAUGUUGCCAAGAUCUCCCAAACGUGCGAGCAACCACGCAUUGUCAGCCACUCGCAGCAAAUCGGCACAAUUCCUCAGGUCAUUUUGGAACAAAACAAACACAUUGUCCCCUCGAAUUAUUUUGACUUACCGGAGCGACCUCGAAGCGCCGAUCCGAACCAUGGACGACGGCGCAGCAAGGACUUUGACCUGUCAUCUGCCCAGGUUCAUGAUGAGCUUCAACAACCCAAAUCUCCUACCCGUCCUUCAAUGCCUGAACACUCGAUCAGCUGGGGCAACACCUCUGUUAAUGAAGGUCUGAGAGAUAAAGUUCUCCGGGAAGUCUUUGGACCUCCUCCAGUCCAAUACUUUCGACGCCAUCUCCAUAACCACAGUACAGUGCCUCGACUGCGGGGUAACCAUGCUAGUCGCAAGAGAAGCAACCUCUCUGUGAACUCGCUGCCGCCCACGGAGGGUGGCAUAGUCAAGGAGGUAAAGGAGCAACCUGAGAAACCGGGCACAGAUAAUGACACUUUACACGUGACGUGGCAGAACAAAAUUCCAUCACAAACCAGCCAGAACUCGUCAGACAGCUUGUACUCGUCUUCAGCAUCUGUAUAUGAGGACUACAAAUACACCCUGGAGCAAGUCAAGACUACUGGGAGCGACAUAUCCAAUGCUUCAAGUACCGAAAACAAAUCAUUCGUCAAGCGGCGUCACUCUGGGAUGGGCCUUCGACGUAGACGUCAGUCGGUCAAUGACAAAGGAAAUCCCGACCUGGAGUAUUUCGAGAAUGAAGCUUACUCAACUGAUGUUGGUCCAGAUACAGGAACUGACGUUUUCGCCAUGGAUCAGGAGCGACAAUCUGACAGCUUCGGCAAGAGCCUGAGAACAUCAGAAGCACCCAGUGCCGCCAGUGAGGCAGUGAGCAUUGAGGCAAAAUCUGAUAGCCCACCACUUGCUAUCCGCAAAUCGAGACAACGGUCUGAUGGGAGUCUAAUCCCCGCCAAUCCGAAGGAGGCUCAAUCGGCGGCCGCUGGGGAUCGAGUGGCAUACUUCAUUCUGUUGGAAGAUCUCACCAGUGGUAUGGGGCGCCCUUGUGUGCUGGAUCUCAAGAUGGGCACGAGGCAAUAUGGGGUUGAAGCCACCAAAAAGAAGAUGGAGUCUCAACGCCGGAAAUGCAAAAUGACGACAUCACAACAACUUGGUGUUCGGAUUUGUGGCAUGCAAACGUUUGACGCAAAGGCUCAGAAGGUGUCCUACGAGGAUAAAUACUAUGGUCGUGAUCUCAAGGCUGGACGUGAGUUCCGUGACGCACUUGUCAGGUUUUUGUACGACGGCAUCAGCUAUGCGAGUGUGGCACGACACAUUCCGACGAUUUUGCACAAGUUGGAAAAACUGGAGAAUAUGGUAAGGCGGUUACCUGGCUACCGACUUUAUGCCAGCUCUUUGCUGUUGCUUUACGAUGCCGAACCACACAGGUCUCGUGAGGCUGAAGAAGCGGCAAGAAAUGGUCACGACAUUGCUCAACUGAAGAAAAAGGAGGGCAAGAAGUGGCCUCCACCAAUCGAUAUUAAGAUCGUGGACUUUGCCAAUUGUGUGACUGGUGAGGAUGAACUUCCGCCAAAUGCUCAGGCUCCGCCAGCUCAUCCAAAGGACAUUGAUCGAGGUUACCUGCGAGGUCUGAGGACCUUGAAAGCUUAUUUUGAACACAUCUUGAGCGAUAUCAAGAACAACGAUCUCAAGGAAAUAAAUGGGAGGGAGGAGUUGACCAAUGACACCAACGACUUUUCCAAGGAGCUGCCGACUUCUAGUGCUGAGGUGGCAGUCGAAGAAGAGGGAGAAGUCAGUGUAUAG